CUGAUAUUACAUACUCUAUGCUUCACUGUAUUUGUUGUGAUGAUUUUGUGAUCAUCCUUUUCCACCUUUAACUUAUACUUAGCAGCUAUAUUCAGCCAUGGAAGGUGCGAGACAGCGGCGCGACAUCCUGACGCGCGGCGCGUGCCGCUGCUGCGCGGCCGCCGGCUACCACCGCGAGCUGAUGAAGGAGUAUAACUUCGAAGGGAACCGAGAGGUUUAUGCAGAGAUAUUCAUGGAGUGCUUCAAUAUUAAUCUGGACACACACAACACAAGCAACCUCAUCUGCUCGUCGUGCAUCCACCGGUUGCGCGACGCCAACAGCUUCCGCGAGAUGGUGCUGGCGGGGCAGCGCGCACUGCAGGACGUGGACCCGCUGCAGCGCGGGGAGUUCGCUCAAGUGGUGAACCUGCUCAAUGACGGCGAUGAGGUGGUGGUGAAGGUGGAGGAGGUGAAGACAGAGUGCCGGAGCGAAGAUGAUGAUGAUGAUGAUUAUGUGCCUGAUGAUAAUGGGGACUACGGGGACCCCCCCUCCUCCCCGCCGCCGUCCCCCGACGCGCGCGAGGCGGCGCUCCUGUCCCGCUACCCCGGGGCCACGCUGCGGCCGCGCGCGCCGCCGGGGUUCCUGCAGCACUGCCACAGGCUUAGAGAUAAGAUCAUAACAGCGAGGGACGUGGAAAAAAUACUCAUAGAACAAGAAUCAAUGGCCGCGAAGCUCGACAUUUCAUCAAACUACAUAACAGAGAAACGAGCUCACAUAAUUAACAUAUCGACUAUGAUUGAAAACUCAAAUGUAACGCCUUUUCGCAGCAAAACCACUCACGGCUACCCAUGUUUCUACUGUAGGAAGGCCUUAGGUACACUAGAAGAACUGAAAUCACAUACAAACCAAGACCAUAAGUCUAUAGAUGUAAAGAAAUUCCUGUACAAGUAUGGACCAGAAAAUAUAGUUGUAAAUGUCGAUGUAACAGACCUGAAGUGUAAAAUAUGCGAUAGUAAAAUUGCAAACCUGAGCGAGCUGAAGAAACAUCUGAAUCAGACGCAUAAGAAGCAAAUGUGCUUGAAAUACACGGACAGGCUGGUACCUUUUAAGCUGGAAAAGGAUCUUGUGUGUCAAAUCUGCGAUGGAACUUUCCAGACUUUUGGCGCGGUGGAAAGACACAUGAAUUUGCACUUCAGAAACUAUGUGUGUAAAGAGUGCGGCACUGGAUUUAUAACAAAAUACAGGUUAAAAGUGCACGUGAAAUCGAUACACGUUGGCGGUAACUAUCCGUGUGAAGUGUGCGGGAAAGUAUUUCCGUCGUAUCAGAAAAAGAAAACACACACAGACGCCGUUCACAAGUUAUUCAAAAGGUUUAAAUGUCCGAAGUGCAGCGUUCGCUUCACAGAAUACUUCGCAAGACAACGCCAUUUAGUGGAGGCACACGGCGCCGCACCAAUCAAAUACAAGUGCAACGUUUGCGAUCGUGAAUUCGACCGCAAAUACAACUUAUCUAGGCAUCUAAAGAAAGACCAUUUGAAAGAGAAAAACAAUGAGUGUGAAACGUGCGGCUACACUUGCUUCACAGUGACCGAGUUGAAAGUGCACAUGAUCAAGCAUGUCGGUGAGAGGACGCACGAGUGCGAUGUGUGCAAGAAAGCAUAUGCUCGUAAGAAGACGUUGAAAGAACACAUGAAGAUUCAUACGAAUGAUCGUCGACAUGUGUGCGCUGUUUGUGGACAAGCUUUUAUUCAGAAGUGUAGCCUUAAAGGCCAUAUCAAGACUCACCAUCCGGAACUUAAUAUGGAGUGAACCUACGGUUAACCACUAAAAAGGAAGGGCCAACUAUCGAUUGUUGUUUUAUUUUGUAAAUGCUAGGAAUUCUGAUACCGCGAUGUAUGAACGAUUGUACGUGUGUGUACUUCUUGACGCGUGCUGCCAUCUGUUCAAAUUGAUUAACAACUCCUGAUGCCUUCAGGGUUGUAAUGGCGUUCGUGCUGAAGCUUCCAUUUCGCAAAGAUAGGUGUCGCCACAAAUCUUAUAAGUAUAUGUAUUUUAUAAUUUUUAUAUACAUAUUAUGAGAAUUA